AUGGAGUCUUCUAGCGAUGCGGUGGAUGCGGCAGUGGCGCGUAUGGCAGAGUUAUUGCGUUCACCUGACGACCUAGUGAAAAUAAGUCUCUUACGUAAAAGGCUCGCAAAAGAAAAGGCCACCAUUGAUGCCCAGUUGAAGACUGGCGUCAAAGCACAGCUUGAUAAUACUCAGGAAGGACUCGAAACUUUGACAUCCUCGAGAAAACAAAUGUUAACCAUUAAAGAAAAUAUGUGUAGCAUUGAUCGAUUAUGUUCUAGCGCGCAAGAUAUGAUUGAUCAUUUUCCGUGGAUUAAUAAAAUUUCGCAAAUUCAUCGUAAUUUCGUGGCAACUGAGGAAACAAUCGAUCGUCUACAGGAAAUGUAUCAACGAAUUGAUCAAAUUCAAGAUAUGUUGGAUCAUGAUAAGCAAACCAUUUUAGGACCGGCCGAGAAUCUUUUGUUUAUUCAUUAUCAACUAUUUCGAUUGGAAGAGUUCCGAGAGAGUUCAAUGUAUCAAGCAAAAAGUUGUUCUCAUGAUGUUAUUGAAACAUUAAAGAAUUAUUUUGAGAGAUUAGACGAAUUUUCAGCUGAGUUUAAUGAAUAUCUAUGGAUAUUAACCAAAAAUAUAAUUAGUUUGGCGGAAACCGGACGAGGAUCUGUUAUAGUGCGUCUUAUUAAAGUAAUCGAAUCGGAAGAGCGAGCGGAUGAACGUGCUAAAUUAGCUGAACAAGCACUCCAUAGUCAUCAAGAUUUGGCAGACAAGUUUAAAUCAGUACAGAAAAGUCCACGCGUUAUCAAAUCUUUUCGCACAAAAUUCCAGAAUAAGAUUCACGAAUCGAUUUCUGAUACAUUUGAGAGGUUUUAUGACGAUUUCAAAGAUGAUCCAAUCUCAAUGUUUGAUAAUGCUGAUUUCAUUUAUAAGGAUUUGCUUUUGGUCAUUAAGGAGAUAGUACCAAGAUUUCCAAAGAAAUAUAACAUAUUUUCUAUAUAUGUGUUAGAAUAUCAUAGACAUGUAUAUAACAUUUUAGACAAAAUUACGAAAUCGGAUCCGGACGCUGGAACAAUUUUACGAAUAAUUCGCUGGGUACGAGAAUAUUACAAGACAAUGAAAAAAGAUAUUCGGAUUACCGAGGAACUAUUGGAACCCCCGUUAUUGAAUGGAGAAGAACAAGGAUUGAUUGACGACUAUCUGAAAUUAAUUCGUCGUAAAUUAGAAGAAUGGAUGAAUAAUUUAAUGGAUGGUGAAACGAAAGAUUUCACUGAACGGAGUAAACCGCCAGAGAUGGAUGGUGAUAAAUUAUACGGGCUUUCAGGAGCGGUCAUUAUGUUUCAGAUGGUUAAUCAACAAAUCGAUGUGGCCGCAGAAUCCGGUCAAGCGAAAAUUCUCGCUGAUGUCGUGAAAGAGUGCAGUGAAGUGAUGAUUGCGACACAACAACAGUGGAUGCAAUUAUUAAAAGCUGAAUUCAAACGUCAAAUUGAUAAAAAAGAAGAAGCACCAGGUGGUUUCGUGGAAUAUGUUAUCGCAUUGGCGAAUGAUCAGAUUCGUUGUGCUAAUUUUACAGAUGAUGUCGUCACAAGACUUGAACCUUUAUUAUCAGAGAAAUAUCGAAAUCAGAUCAAUGAUAAUCUUAACGAGGCAGCGAAUGGAUUUUUGGCUGUUGCAAGAGCUUGUACUCAAACAUUAUUGGAUCAAGUAUUCCAUGAUCUUAAACAACCAUUCGGUCAACUUUACACCUCAUAUUGGUAUCAAGAAGACCCAAUGGCACUCAUCAUUGAAACAAUAAAAGAUUAUACACGCGACUUCCAGAACAACCUCCAAAAUUAUCUUCUUGACAAAUUAAUGACCGACACCUUAUCUCGUUUCAUGAUUGCAUGGAUUGAAGCAUUACGUAAUAAAGGCGCGAAAUUCAAAAUGCCAGAGUGUCUUGAUCGAAUCACUAACGAUGUGCGAACUGCUUUCGGAUUCUUUCGCGAUCAUAUCUCUCAACAAGAUCUUGAGAAUACCUUUGACGUCUAUGAAAGGAUCCAUUCUUUACUUGCUAGUUCACGAAAAACCAUUUUCCUCGAAUAUUACAAUAUGAAAAAAGCAUAUGGGGAUGUACCGGUCUCCCUGAUUGAGGAUAUAUUGUCGAAACGUGAUGAUUUGGAAAAAUCGCAGUUCAAAGAAAUUAUAGAGAAUAUCAAAACAAAACAAAAGGAAGCACCGGAGUACACUGGUGAACCAACUAUUUUUAGCAAAAUUUCUUCUUAA